UUUUUUGGGAGGCUGGGGGGGAGGUGAUAUCUCUUUUUAUCGGACAUGAGAAUGGAUGUUUGGAAACAAUAUAGAGGGGGGGGGACUUUUAAGUAAGACAAACCGGGAUUUUGUAUUAAAGCCCCCUUUUUUAAAUUAUUUUUAUCUCUAUCAGAAAAUAGACGAUGCAUUUUCUAUAUAUAAUUUGGAUGUAGUAGUUCAACGAUUAUUACAAUGGAGAGAAAUGUUACCUCGUAUAAAGCCAUUUUAUGCUGUUAAAUGCAAUAAUGAUCCAAUACUUUUGAAAUUAUUGGCUGACCUUGGAUGUGGUUUUGAUUGUGCUAGUAGAGGGGAAAUUGAUCAAAUAAUCACAAAUGGAUUAACAAAUGCUGAUAAUAUUAUUUAUGCAAAUCCAUGCAAAACACGUAAAUAUAUUCAACAUGCUGACAAACUUGGUAGAUUAAAGAGACUUAAAUAUUAA